UAUAUCUUCAUUCAUAUUCAUUCAUCCAAAUUCAUUACCAAAAAUCAAAAGAACUCACAACACAAGCCUCAAUUUUCUCCACGGAGAAAGCGCGAGAAAAUUUUUGCUUACUCGAAUGGCCCUUCUGAAACCUCGUCUCAACUUUGCUCUUCGGUUAAUGGCCUCGCGUUUUGUAACUUACUCAUCUAUUCACUCCCGCGGUCUUUCUCUCUCCUCAUCCUCUUCUCUCUCUCACACUUCGCUUCUUCUCAGAACCAGGCUCUACUCUUGCUCCAGGAUGAGUUUUCGAUUGCGAAGGGUGUCAAGUAGUUUUUUGAUGCAAAAUGUAGUGUCUCCGCGAGCUUUCAUGUCAUCAAGCAUUGCAACAGAAGCUGUUCAGGAAAGUUCGACCUCAAAAGCUUAUGGGUCUGAACAAAUUCAGGUAAAUUGAUGGGUUAUGAUCAUUAUGGCACUGCU